GUGAGGAUUUAAGGAAGAAGUCGCAUCUUUUCAGAACUAUUUAAUGACCGGAGCAUAACUGCUUUACUUCAGAUUGGAUGAACAGUUCCGCUGGUCCGUACUGAGCGCCUCGGGAGCGGGACUGUGCGUGUACAAUGCGGGUGUCGGUGUGUUUGGCGGUGUUUGUGGCGGUGCUGCGGCCGCUCGGCCCGGUCGUGGUGGGGGUUUCUCUGGGCUUCACGCUCAGUCUGCUGAGCGUCAGCUGGACGGAGGACGGCUGUUCCCUGGCCGGGGCCGGGCGGACCGGGGGGGCCGGGGGGACCGAGGGCCAGGCCGGGGGCUCCGGCCAGGGGGGGCCGCUCAGAGGAGCCCGGAGACCCAACUCUAUCUCCCCCUCCAGCGACGGGGAGGAGGAGUACUUCCAGCCCAGGAUAGUCCCGUACAAACACGUCCCGUCCACCGCGGACAAGAAAGUUUUCAGGGCUAAAUACAUCAGCACAGAGCUGGGGAUGCGGGAGCGGCUGUUCGUCGGGGUACUGACUUCCAAAAACACCAUCAACACUCUGGGUGUAGCUGUGAAUCGAACCAUCAGCCAUCAUUUGGACGCCGUCGUUUUCUUUACCGGCUCACAUAACCGCAAAGUCCCUCACGGCAUGUUUGUGGUUUCUCAUGGAGAUGAGAGAUUGAUUUGGAACAUGUUUCAGACCAUCAAAUACAUUUUUGACCAUUACAUCAAUGAAUAUAACUGGUUCUACUUCGUCCAAGACGAUGCCUACGUAGAAGCGGACAGGAUUAAAGUGUUGGUGUCACACUUGAGUAUGGACUGGGAACUUUACAUGGGCAGUCCUGAAGAGUUCAUAGGGGGCAAGAUGGAAGGGCAGUACUGCUACGGAGGGUUUGGGUACCUGCUGUCACGCAGCUUGCUGCUGCGACUCCAGCCCUUCCUGGAAAACUGUAGGAAUGAUAUCCUGAGCUCCAGACCUGACGAGUGGCUGGGAAGAUGCAUCAUUGAUUACACACGCAUAAACUGUGUUAGUAACUACGAGGGACUGGAGUACCACCAUUAUAGGUUAGGAAAGAAUUCUGACCCCAGUAAAGAGCAAAAUGAACAGUUAAAGAAAGCUCUGACCGUCCAUCCGGUGUCUGACCCUGAACAAAUGUACCGGCUGCACAGAUACUUCUCUGAGAUUGAGCUGCAGAAGAUUUAUGAUGAGAUCGCAACACUUCAGGCAGAGAUUAAGAACCUGAGCGUGGUAGCGUUUGAAGGCAGCCGGAGCGCCCUGUGGCCCGUGGGGGUCAACCCACAGUUUGAGCCUAAAUCUCGGUUUGAAGUUCUCAGGUGGGAAUACUUCACAGAGGAGGAGAUCUAUUCCUGCGUCGACGGCGCUCCAAAGUGCGAGCUGCUCGGCAUUGACAAGCUGGACGUAGCGGACGUGGUAGACACGGCCGUAGAGGAGCUGAACAAGAAGUACAUGCCCAUCCUGCACCUGAAGAAGCAGCAGCUGGUCAACGGCUACCGGCGCUUCGACCCCACCAGGGGGAUGGAGUACACCCUAGACCUGCAGCUGGAGGUCAGUCAGAGAGGUCAUACCUGGACCAUCACCAAGAGGGUCCACCUGGUCCGACCUCUGAGCCUCAUAGAGGUCAUUCCCAUGCCUUACGUGACUGAAGCUACCAGGGUUCACAUCAUAGUUCCUCUCACCGCGGGAGACCGGAGUUACGUCAAGCAUUUCAUGGAAGUCUUUGCCUCCAAUGCCUUUGAGACGAGUGAAAAUGCAAUCAUAACAUUCUUGUUCAUUUAUGACCUGCUGGAGGCCCAACACGUGGAGCACGAUGACAUCUUUGCUGGUGUGAAGACUCAGAUAAACGCAUACGAACACCAGUACCCUACAGUUAAAAUCCCUUGGAUUAGUAUCAGGACGGAAAUGCCAUCACAGAUUAAAUACAUGGACAUUAUCUCCAAGAAGCAUCCGGUCGACACCUUGUUUUUCUUGGCUCAAGUCAACACAAAUAUCAAUACUGAAUUUCUGAACCGCUGCCGCAUGAAUUCCAUAAACAAUUGGCAGGUGUUUUUCCCCAUCCAUUUCCAGGAGUACGACCCUGACGUGGCCUAUCACGACCAGCCCCGGCCCGGCACCGUGGAGCUGAGGAAGGAGGCUGGGUAUUUUGACCGCAGGUCCUUUAAUGAAGCUUGUUUUUACAACUCAGACUACAUGGCCACGCGCUCUCGGAUGGCUCCAGACGUCCUGGAGAAUGAGGAUAUUCUGGACAGCCUGGAUGUCUACGAUGUAUUUGUGAAGUAUUCGGGUCUACAUGUAUUUAGAGCAGUAGAACCAGCACUUCACCAUCAAUACCGCUACCAAUCCUGCAAUGAAAAGCUCAGUGAAGACCUGGCUCAUAGAUGUGUUCACCGCAACCUGGAAAGCCUUGGUUCUCAGUCCCAGCUGGCCAUGCUGCUGUUUGAACAACAGAGAAACAGUACUUAAACAUUCCUGGCCUAGUUUUCCAGCAGAAAGGGCUACAUACUCAUUAAUCACAUGAUUCACUCAGAAUGUAUGGCUUUUAUUAUUCAAACUGCUGGAAAAAAGGCUUUGCUCUCUUUAAUUUGUCUGCAAAUGGUCCUGCAUGAGCUAAUGGAAAAUCCAAUAGAUUUGGAAUGCUGAAGAUUUGACCAGGGCUCGUUGUAUAACUAACAAAUCAAACCAAAUAAGUGAAUCAUUGUUUUUACACUGGGAUCAGAUUUGAAAGAAGCAACACUUUGACACUUAUAGAAUGUCCUUUUGAUUUAAUGUUUUAUCAGGGAUACUUUCAAUUUGAGCUUCAUGUGGCGCUUUUUCCUGGUAAAAGUAAACAGUAUAUUAUACCAUUGUUUGUACACCCCUUAACCUAGGGGAAUUCAGAUAUUGCACCUUUGAUACUUAACUGGUUUGAGUAUUUACAAAAGCAUAUCUUGAUAUAAUGUGCCUUGACACAGACUUUUUGUAUGUUGGCUAUUUUAAAGAUUUCCUAUUGUUUGUUUUUGCAGUUCACCUCUUUGAACAAUUCAUAUCAGUUUAGCGUUAGACUUUAGUACAACAGCUAAACUGUUGAAGGGUUGUGCCUUGUCAGAGAGGAUUACUUCACUAUGGAUAAGGUCUGUUACAGCUGAUACUGAACUGAGUUCUUGGUCGUCUUUUAAAUGUUCAACGUAUUAUAAGCCCAACCUCCUGCAGGCUGCAUUUGUGCUAUAAAGCUGGGAGCAUUUCCGGAAAAUACCUGCAGGUCAAAUGUAGUAUAUGAAAACUUGAAGAUUGUGUCUCUCCAAAACCAUUUGGUGGUGCAGGGAAAUUUGCAAUUUCAAGUCAAUAAUUUAUCUUUAUUUGGCAGUAUACAUCUCACAAAACACACUGAAAUGAGUCCUCUGCUUUUAACUGAUCAUUAAUUGGAUUAGGAUUCCCAGAAUCUGGGUCCUGGAACCCCAAGCCCACCUCUGUCAGGCUUUCACACUGAAAGGAUACUUGAGGAAAAUGUCUGAAAUGAUUAACAUUUUCAAAAGGCAGGUACAUCUGAAUGGAGAUGAUCAAUUUUUUAUUAUUUUUUUUAAAGGGGACCUAUUAUGGCAUCUAAUACCUAUUUUAAAGAGGCCUUGAAUGUCUUAAAAACAAGCUUUUGAUUGUUUUUGCUAAAUAAAUGAGAAAUUCAGCCUCUGAGCCAUGUCUUUAUCUUCCCAUUCUCUAACCUCAUUAUCUAUGCAGGAUUCUGAGUGGGCGGGGCUAUGAUAAUGAGGCUCUGUGCUGAUUGGCUGCCUGAAUGACGCCAUACACUGCUACGGAAAAAUGGAGGAAGCUCCGGCCGGCGGAGUUAUUUACACUGUGUCCUAAUAACUGCAUGCGAUGCGAGCGAGCGUCACCGACAAAAUUAAUUCCAUGACUUUAUUUUCUAUUGGACUGUCCUAACUGGCCGCUGCGCAGCACGACGCAACGUGCCACGCCGUUUUUAGCUGAACAUUUGUCGGACGCCCUACUUCUAUUUUCUUCCUGUCGCUCGCGUUGAAAGCGCUGUAGGAAACUGUGACGGAUGGGGAACGGCUGAUCCAGUUAGUUGAAAUGAGAAGUUAUUGCUAUGAUUCCUCCUCAUUUCACUACAAAAACCUCAAUAAAGUGGCAGCUGCUGGAGGGAGAUGGACAGAGAGUCCGAUGUCACGCAGUGCUACGAUAGUCGGACGCUCAUGCAGUUACACGGUUUUAUAGUUGUGGGUGUGGUUUGCAUUUUGGUUACAAACAAAAAUGCGCCGAAUCUGAACGGCUCGUAGAUCCACAUCACACUGGACAGAUCAUCCGGGCAGCUGUACAGACACUGUAGAAUCUGGUUGCUUUUCUCCUUCUCUGAGUUGGCAGGCUGAGGGGAGACCACUUUAUAUAUGUUAAAGCAAGAAAAAACCUGUUUUUCAUGAUAGGUCCCCUUUAAAGUAGAAAAGUGUUGGUGUUCCAAAGCAGCAUGGGUCGCAUUGGUCAAUAUUUUUUUUGUUGUCCUCCACUAGUGAGCUUGUAUGUUGUAAAAACUGUUUGGUAGUAGAUCUGGAGUGUAGCGGGAGGUCUUUCUGCCUCUGAAUAAUAAUAGCUGUAGUGGGACUAUGCAGCAUUAAGUUGUUAAUACAUUAUGAUGUGCAAUAUUACGGAUAAUAAGCCUGGGUAGAUUUCUGUUUGAGGCCAGGACUUUCAAUUCCAAAACAUUUGCAUCAAUUCCAGAAGUGUGUAUAUUAUGGUACUUCUCAAUACCCCCCAUUUCUGUUUCAUGAAAAAUGUAAUUCCUUUGACAAGACAUUUAAAAAUAUAUAUUUUUUCUUUCACUAACCACUUGUGGGUAUCAGAUUUAGUUUGAAAUGCAUAAAACUGAGAGUAAUUUCUUUUUAUUUAACUGUAAUUGGAAAUAGUACAUCUACAGUGUACCCUGAAUAAUGUUUUCUGUAUUAUUUGCUGUGUAAGUACAUUACGAGUAUUACAGUCUACUGAUUGACUUUACAUUCAUUUUGUAACGCAUCUCUUAUUUUAAUAAGCACAGACUUUCAGACAGACGGUAAACCAUCUUAACUUGGAGUACACAUGUCUUCUUUAUUUUUUACCUUUUAAUUUUGGGUAGGAAAAAAAAAGGUCAAAGAUGUGAUUAAGAUAAGCCAUUACCUUCUGUUGAUUUUAAAGCUAUAAUCAAAGAAACAGGCAAAUUGAUAAUUUGUGGUGUUAACACCAGACAUGGAAUGGAGAUGAGAUGUGACUGGUGAUGUUUGCACUAAUGACAGUAUUUAGUGUGUAAUUUAUUAGUCAGAACCUCUACCUGAUACUCUGCAGGGUUACACUGGGCUGCAAACCAAACCCAGAGCAUUUCAUUUCACUUAGUGCUCCUGAGAUAUAACUGAUUGCUGUAAUUCAAGAUAAACUGUAAAUCAGUGUCAUUUUAAAAUAAGAGAAUACGACUUUGUUUUCUUGUUUAUCUGUAUCCGAUUUAAAUAGAAAUCUUUUUUUAUUUAAUCACACCAUCAAUCCAGUUUGUCCAUUACGUGUCAGCACAAGAAUAAGAUGAUUUCUGGCACAGCUUUCUAGUGGCAAAGAAAUGUUCAUUUUAGUACAAGGAAUAAAGUUCUAAAACGUUUUCAUUCAGACGUAUGACAUCGAAAGGACUACUGUAAAACAUUCUUCCUCAACCGUGGUAUUCCUGAUGCUAAGGGUGGUUUAAAAACAGGGAAAAUGUAAUGGCUUUAAUUAAAACUAUUGUGAUUUCAAGGAUCUUUAGUGCAGCGCCCCUUAGGCCUGAUUUAGAGACCAUGGAGGAAGAGUCCAUGUUACAUUGUCAGUCAUUAUUUUGUACUUUGUGUCACAUCCAGUCACAAGACUUAUUUUGUUUAACAUUCCAAAGAUAACUACAUUUCUGUUUUUGAUUAUUGUCUUAUUUUCAUUUUAGCACCGUGAUGUGGUAGUCAGUUGUUGGCAGCAAUAAGAUUCCCAGUUCAAAUGUCUGCAUAAUGUGAAAUUUGUAUGUGUCUUGUUGUUUUUUUUCUGCAAGAAAGUGCAUCUUAAAUGCCCCAAACUCAGAAGUAACAUCUGUGUGUACAGUUUUGUCACAUAAGUUUUAUUGAUAAAACAAAUACAUGGUGAAAAGUCCCAGGAACAAUGCAAGAUGGGAGAGUGAGUGAAAGACUGAAAGACCUGAGCUACGUAAUAAGAAGGUAGUUGUCCUUAAGACUAAUAGGACAACUACAUAGGCUUUACAACUCUGGCAUGUGACAAGACUGCUGUUGUAAAAUCUGCUCUGUGGUUGAUUUGUAUCUAUUGGAUAUAGAAUAAAGAAUAAAAUUGUGUUUCAAAUUGCAGCUGAACACAAUGUCAUCAGGACAGAGGAUUCUUGCUCAGUCUUUCAAACAAAGCUAUGGUGAUAAUUGUCCCUUUAUUCAGCUACACAUCAGCUACUGUGACUACUCUGAUAACGACUACAUGUUUAAUGACAGACAAGACUGAUUAGAAACCUUUUUGAAAAUGUCAACCCUACAAAUGAUUGUGAAUACUAAACAACCAUGAAUUCACACAUAAAUGCAUAAAUUCCUGAAGAAGGUUUAUGUUUAUGUUUAUUAAGGAUCCCCAUUAGCCGACGCACAAACGCCAGGCUAGUCUUCCUGGGGUCCUAUUUAAAAAGUACAAUAUAAAUAACAAUACACAAUAACAUACAAUUCCAGUUACAAAACAUACACAGAUCAAAUUGCAAUUAAAAAGAGAUAAGGUCCUCUUAAACCUUGGUACACUUCAACUAUGAGACACAAUGAGAAAAAACAAAUCCAGGAAAUCACAUUGUAGGAUUUUUAAAGAAUUAAUUUGUAAAUUAUGGUGGAAAAUAAGUAUUUGGUCAACAUUAAAAGUUCAACUCAGUAUUUUGUAGCAUAACCUUGUUGGCAAUGGCAGAAUUCAAACGUUUCCUUAAGUCUUAAGUCUUCACAAGGUUUUCUACAAUGUUGCUGGUAUUUUGGUCCGUUCCUCCAUGAUCUCCUCUAGAGCAGUGAUUGGUCCGUUCCUCCAUGCAGAUCUCCUCUAGAGCAGUGAUUGGUCCGUUCCUCCAUGAUCUCCUCUAGAGCAGUGAUUGGUAGUUCCUCCAUGAUCUCCUCUAGAGCAGUGAUUGGUCCGUUCCUCCAUGAUCUCCUCUAGAGCAAUGAUUGGUCUGUUCCUCCAUGCAGAUCUCCUCUAGAGCAGUGAUUGGUCCGUUCCUCCAUGCAGAUCUCCUCUAGAGCAGUGAUUGGUCCGUUCCUCCAUGAUCUCCUCUAGAGCAGUAAUUGGUCCGUUCCUCCAUGAUCUCCUCUAGAGCAGUGAUUGGUCCGUUCCUCCAUGAUCUCCUCUAGAGCAGUGAUUGGUCCGUUCCUCCAUGAUCUCCUCUAGAGCAGUGAUUGGUCCGUUCCUCCAUGAUCUCCUCUAGAGCAGUGAUUGGUCCGUUCCUCCAUGAUCUCCUCUAGAUCAGUGAUGUUUUGGGGCUGUCGCUGGGAAACACGGACUUUCAACUCCCCUG